AUGGCAGGCCCGGCUAGACCCUUGCUCGCCAUUGCUUCACUCGUGCUCGUUGCUGCCGGUCUUCUCUUCCAGUUCUUGACAAUUCUGACUGGCGGCGUCAACAAGUCCCCUCUCGACAGGUUCUACUUCCUCGAAGCCUCCACCAACGGCAUUCCCAACGCCCGUAACCCCUCAAGAUGGACCUUCUUUGCUAUCUGCGGUGAAAACCCAAGCAAUGGCCGCAACGCAAACUGUGGCUCACCUGUUCCCGCUCUUCCCUUCGACCCACCAAGGAACUUUGGCACUGAGCAGAACAUCCCUGAUGCCUUCCUCGGCACGAAGCAGUACUUCUAUCUGUCUCGCUUCAUGUUUGCCUUCUACCUAAUUGCUCUUUUCUUUGCUGCCGUUGCCCUGGCUUCGGGUCUCCUGGCUCUUUUCAGCCGUCUUGGAGGAUACCUGUCAUCUCUCAUGACCUCCAUUGCCCUCUUCUUCCAGGCCCUCGCUGCCGCUCUCAUGACCGCAUGGGUUGUAAAAGGUCGCGAUGGGUUCCGAUCCGCCGGCUUCCAAGCCCGCAUCGGCCGUUACCUCAUGGGAUUCACAUGGGCUGCUGUAGCUUGUUUCUUCCUGGCUACCAUCAUGUUCUGCCUUGGUGGUCGUCUUGGUGGUGACAGUUCUUCAAAGAUGCGUCGCAACCGUUCCACAAAGUCAACCCGCAGCCGUGGAAGUUUUUUAGACACUGAUUCCCAGCGCAGAGUCAAGAGCGACUACUCUGUGUAG